CCAAGUUUUUAGUAGGUACCGCCGGGGAAGACCGUACUGAUGAAGUGAGUAUAGUCCGUUAUUGUCGCUGUCUGUGCUUAUAGACAGUCUGCCAAAUACACAAAAUGAGAAGAGCAACAGAAAAUCGAGGAAACACUCGAGCUCUUUCAGAACACUUUUCCCCGAGGAGUAAAGUAAAGGACCUCAGACUUAAGGGGCGCUCCCUACCCCAUUUCACACCUCAAGAGUUUCCAAUGAAGCCUUCUCAGGUCCCUAACCAGCUUCCUCACCCACCGUCCAGGAGAAUGUUGCCAUUUCAAAGCCAUGAGCUGUGCCAUAGGGACAGAUGGGGUCCACCACGGCACCCUCCUCAGUAUCUGGGACCAAUCUGUUCCUCAGGGUACGUUCAAAGCAGCCCAACUAGCAUUGGUUCCUCAGCGAAUAGGCCCCAUCCCACGCCAAGGGACAGACAGGGUCCUCUACAUCACUCCGCUCAACCUCCAGGGUCUUCCUACGCAAGACCUACUCCAGUCAGUCCAACUAACAAUGGAACUACAGCUAAUAAGCCACAGCCCCUGCUUUCUGGUGUUUUUCAUCCUGCAUCCCCCCCAUUCAUGAGGGAUUCAGGCAACUACAUUUCGUCCUCCCACAUGAGGAGAGGUCAAGUGACUGAAUCAAAGGACACUUUGUCUUACUCUGGAAGAAAAAAUGUAACUGCACAAAGGCAAGAAUCAAAAAAGGCUCAAUCCAGCGAUUCGAAGACUUCCAUGCAUACUGUCCAGCUCCACGGACCCCCUGUGACCCCAUCACUCAACACUACAGCAGCUCGAGAAGGUUGCCCACUGCCCCACUCAGACUUUGAGCACUGGAGUUCUGGUAACAGCCGAUGGCCUCCGAGGGGCCACCAGCCUUCUUCAAGUACCCAGUCUUCUGACAGGGGUCAUCAUUCCAGUUUACCCACCCUCAGCCGUGUGGCCCCUUGCCAGGACCAACAACAUAAAGGAACAUCUCCAAGUGAAAAGUCAAUUUCAGCAAUGACCCAUUACUCAUCUCAGAAGAGGCGCAGGGAGUUUGAGGACUGUGACGACAGUGCCAAGAAACCAUGUCUUCUGAGUACAAACUCAGAGCAGACACCAAAACCCAAUGUUGGCAACUCACUCAGCACUUCACUGGUGUGUCAGCCAUCAUCGGGGCCUUCUUCAGUUAUGGAGCUGUCACAUAAAACCACCGACAGCCAUCUGUGCACAGAACCAGCAUGUGGCCAAUCAAACAACUUGGAACUAUCAUCCAUGUGUAAACCCACCCAGUCAUCCUGCACAUCACUGUCACCCAAACCUUGUAUAAAGAGACAACCAUCAAUUGGGGCAAAGCAAGCCUUUAUAAGUUCCUCACAGAAUAAUACUCUGAAGAUAAUAGAUUUGAAAUCAUCUUUAAAGUCAGGUGAAGGAAAUUUGAGGAAAAGAAGUGAGGAGAAUGAUAAAAGGCAUAAAUCAAGCUCUUUGUUAUCCCCAGAUGUUCCCCAGAAGGACACUGGUAGCUCACAUCGUUUUCAGUUAGGCAGCCUCCACUCUCAUCAUACUCACCGUAGUACCUCAGUCUUACCAGCCAAGACAGUGAACAGUGAUAAUCAGGUGGAGGAGAGGAGAAAGUUGGACAGUAGCACUGCCAAACCAGCCUCAAAACCAAGUUCACGUUCUCUGAGUUGUCGCACGAUAGAACACAACAAAACUGCCCGCUCACGAAGACCUGUUACAAUCCCUGAUGAUAUAGAUACGCUUUUCACCCCUGAUCCCAUGACCUAUGUGGUCAGCCCUGCCCAUAAGACUGCAAAGCCCAAGACAAAUGGGGGAAUGAUCAAACCCACUUUAGAGAAUGGUUUGUCUAGCACUGUGUCCAGCCCCAGUACUGUCACACAGCUGAACGAAGAAGGUGUUAAAUCUGAUGUGAAACACACAUCUGUCAACAGCAAUGCAAGAACAAGCUCUCCAGAGACUGACACUGCUUCCUCUGAACAAACUUCUAAAUCUCAUGGUUCUCAGUUUCCACUUCUGGAGGUAAGAGGGGAUGGUAGAAAGGAGGUAAAUGAAGAGGAUCUUAUAGAUGUGGAGCUGGACCUAGGCCUGAGCUUUGCGUUAGAUUUGGAUCUAACCCAGAGCUCUCAUAGCAGUGAGGAGGAGGAGCUGCUUUCCUUGCAGGAGAUGAUGGAGCGUGUUACCAAGCCUCCAGAUACCCCGGAGAAGGGAGCCUUCUCAGAGCCCAGUACACCAGGACAUAGCAGCUGCCAUUCAAAAACCCAGCCACUGCCAUCCACCACAAAGUCGUGCAUCUACAAGAACAACCUUGAUCUGAUGCUGAGGGAAAUGAACACCAGUAAAAAAGCUAAAGCUGUUGAGACAGAACUUCUAACUGCAUGUGAAGAGAACUUGUUGAGAAUAGCUGAAUAUGAGGACACUGAGAAGAACCAGGAGGAGGGCAUCUCCACUGAACACCAGGAAUUCCUGCAACGUUACUCAUUGAUGUCCAGUACAGACAGGGAAUUACCUCCAGGAGAAAUAGUGUUCAACCUGGAGAAAUUUGGCCAAAUCUUCAACCAUGAUACGUUACAGCUCAGACAGUACAUGGUCAAUCCACAGGGGAGAGCACAGAAAACACUUCUUUGGUCCAGCCCUGCUCAACUGAGAUUGCAGGUAAAUAUUGGAUUGUUCCAGGAAGCUUAUGACUGUUACUCACCCUGUCCAACUCAGGUUACCCGUUUCCUAUUUAAGAUGAUGUCAGUCCAUAAUGAGAGGAUGGUAUCCGAAAAGAUACUACAGGCCCUAUGUGACAUUGCCUGCACUGCUGCUUAUAAGAUAGUGAAACAUGGAAGCCAGCUGUUUAACGUGUGGGUGCCCAGUUUGGCCGAUGUGGCGCUGGUCCUGAUGAAUAUGGGAGCUGCUUUUGUUACUCUCUUCCCUUUUGAGAAUUUGCAGCCUCCAUUCACCGAGGGAGAUUUGCUGGAGGACGUCUACAUUAAAAGUCAAAGUCCCUCUAGCAACAAUGAACAGGACACUUUCCCUGAACACAACUGCAACAACAUUUUGAAGUACCUGUCUUACUGUAUGGACCUCUGUCCACGGGCGUACAGCGACGUUGAGCUGCUGUUGCUGCUAACUGUGGUGGGAAGAGUUUGCCUGGACACACGGCUCAUCCCCCAGGCCAGCGUGGAGCUGUACCCUCUACAGUACAAAAUUGUCAACAACAUCAGGGAGUGGAACACCAUGCUGCCCAGAAUCUGCCAGGCCCUGACUGAUCUGACAGAUGACCACCACAACAUGUGCCUGUUAGUUCAACUGCUGCCUGACAACACACGUGGGAAGCAACUACGUCGACAUCUGAGCCUGUCUAUGAUCUCUAAACUGUUGGACGGAAAAUGUACUUACAGACCUAAAGAAAAAGAGAUUCAGCUCUCUGAACUGAGGCUGUAUCUGCCCCGUAUGCAACCCUCCUUUCUCCGAAGCAUGCUGAGCUCCUCCAUCAGGAGUGACAAAGUUGAAGACAUGGCCAACCUAGACCAACAGUCCUACUACCUCUGCUACAGCCUUCUGACCUUGGCAAAAGAAGCUUCCAAUUUUCAGCUCUUCCCAGCCCAUCAAAAGAAGCAGCUGCUGGUUCUGUCCUCUCAGCUGGAAACACAUGUUAAGUCUGACAUCAGAGAGAGCGAGAAGUGUCUUUACCGGAGCAAGUUAAAGGACCUGGUAGCCAGGAUCUACACCAAGUGGCAGAUGCUCCUUCAGAGAACCAGGCCUCUCCAUGGUAAGUUGUAUGAUUAUUGGCAGCCUGCAGAUGUAACAAUAAGCAGCCAAGAAGAGCAGGAAAUGGACAACAGUGAAGUUGGAGAGGGGUCUGUGAUGGAGGAUGAUGACGAAGAAGAAGAAACCAGUGGAACUGAACAGAAUGACGUUGUUAUGGCCACUGAGGAAGAAGAGGGAAAGGACGACUUGGACAAUACAUGGGACAAUACGAAGCCAGAAGAAACAGAGGGAGACGAUGCAAAGGAUGAUGCAAAUGAAACAGAGGAAGCAACAGAAUUGGCACAUGAGGAGCUGAACCAAGAGAUGCCAGAGAUGGAGCCUCAAAUACACAUGGAGUCCCAAGUGAUGGAUGAGACUGAAAAUGUAGAGAGUGCUGAGGUGGAGACUGAAAAUGUUGUUGCGAACAUGACCAGGUAGCAGCAUGUGCUUUACUGUCAUACAAUUUUCUUUUCAGGGCUUUUAUUGCCAUUGCCUUACUGUUGACUUACACUCAAUUUGCACUAUUUGUAUAACAACCCUAACUCCCAUGCUUCAUUGUCAAUACAGAUAUUAAUUGUAUAUUUCUAAGUAAAAGCAUUUUUGAAGAGAUGACAAACUUUGUCGAGGGCUGAGGCCUCAUCUUUUUGUUUUUUUGCUGCACAAGAAGCAAAAUACUGAUUUAUUGUGUGUCUUUUUUGAAAAAAAACUUUGUUUAUAUGUUCAGUAAAUUACUUCUGCCAGGUGCAAUGUGUAAAUAUGUGGGUACAUACAUUAUGUGGUGCAUGUACAUACUGCAGUUGAGUGCCUACAAAAAGCUGUGUUUAUUUGGAGGGACAUUUUUAGAUUGUUUAUUCUUCUGUCCAGCUGUGUUCAUUUGUUAAAAUAUAACAAUUUCUCAAAAAUACUUUAUUUAUUGGUGCAAAUGUUUUCUUUAGCUGGGUCUGGGUAACUGAAAAGCUGACUGUAUGUAUCAUACUAAAUUAUGCUGCAAAUAAGCCUCAAUGUGUUUCCGUUUCAGGUUGAUUUGCAGCAUAAUUGAUCAUAUAUUUGUUAACCAGAAUUUAAAAUAACUGAUUUGUGUUUCCCGUGACCCCAACUGCCUCAUCUGUUUGUCACUGUUGGCAGGGUCUGGACCAUGAAACAUUGACAGGAACACUGUGCACAUACAUAUUAUCUUGUUUUUUGAUUUAUUGUUAAAAUUUCACUUUUUCACUGUU